UUUUGAAAUUGUAACAACACUGUCUUGCGCACUCUCACACACAACAGGCCGCAACCGGGAUUUUUUUUGGUCUUUCCGUCACAUCUGUUUAUAUAAGAAGGUUGAAAGACAAGAUGAGAGGUCUUCAAAAUUGCUACAGAUUUCUCAUUAGCAGAAGGAGCUACAGCAGCCAAACAUGGGACUCUCUUGCAACAUCCCAACAGGUUACCUUGCCACUUAAUUUCCUCCAUGGAAGACGAGUUGAUGCUCGGGGAAACACUUCCUUCAAGCUCAUAGCUCCUGCCACAGGGCUGCCCCUGAGAUCAGUUUCCAACUCAAAUGACGACGAUGUUCAAGAGGCAGUGCAAGUGGCCAGGAACUCCUUCAGGACCUGGUCAAAGAUGUCAGGAUUUGAACGAGGUCAAGUGCUGAAAAGAGCAGCAGACAUAUGCAGGAAAAGGGUGGAAGAGCUUGCCCGUACUGAAGUGUUGGAUACUGGAAAGCCAAUCUGGGAGGCUCGCUAUGACAUUGAAGGGUGUGCAGACACAAUCGAGUACUACGGAGGUUUAGCUGCUGCUAUUGCAGGUGACUUCCUACAGCUUUCGGGCGGCAGCUUCGCUUACACAGUGCGGGAGCCACUCGGAGUUGUAGGGGGAAUUGGGGCUUGGAACUAUCCCUUCCAGAUGGCGGCCUGGAAGUCUUCGCCUGCCCUGGCAUGUGGCAACACCAUCGUGUUCAAGCCAUCCCAAUUCACCCCACUCACAGCGGUCAUGUUGGGGGAAAUCUAUCAAGAGGCGGGGUUGCCUGAUGGCUGUUACAAUGUUGUGCAGGGAGAGGGAGCCACUGGUCAGAUUCUCACAUCGCACCCGGGUAUUGACAAGGUCACAUUCACAGGCAGCGUAGCCACUGGCAGUCGCAUUAUGGCCACCUGUGCCAAGGAUGUGAAACAUGUCACAUUAGAGCUUGGUGGAAAGUCUCCAUUGAUCAUUUUUGCUGACGCCCACCUUGAAAAUGCUGUAAAAGGUGCAAUGUUGGCCAACUUUAGUAACCAGGGACAGGUAUGCUCCAACGGCACCCGUGUGUUUGUGGAAGAGAGCAUAGCAGAAGAGUUUCUGUCUAUGUUGAAAACUAGAGUUUCCAAGAUGAAAAUUGGCGACCCCAUGCUAGAGGAUACCACUGUGGGAGCAUCUAUCAGUGAGGAGCAAGCGAAGAUAGUCUUAGGGUAUAUCGAUAUUGCCAAGAAAGAGGGCGCUACAAUCGCUUACGGUGGUGAGAGAAUCAAACCUGACGAUUCCCGCCUGGCCAAGGGCUACUACCUGAGCCCCUGCAUCGUGACAGGCUGUGAGGACGACAUGACGGUGGUCAAAGAGGAAGUGUUUGGUGCUGUCAUGUCCAUGCUGACGUUCAAGUCGGAGGAGGAGGUGAUCAAGAGAGCCAACAACACAGAGUUUGGUCUGGCUGGGGGAGUGUUCACCAGAGACUUACAGCGGGCUCACCGGGUGGUCUCCCAGAUGGAGGCAGGCUCUAUCUAUGUCAAUAACUACAAUGUCUACCCAGUGGGUGUGCCCUUUGGUGGCUACAAAAAGUCUGGUAUUGGCCGGGAGAACGGGGCCGAUGCUCUCAACUAUUACAGUCAGAUCAAGUCCGUGUAUAUGGAGGCGAACGAUGUUGACUGCCCCUAUUAAGUCUCUUUGUGAAAGGGAAAUAUGAAGAAGUUCUUGGACCUGGAAAAGGGGAACUGGCUGGUUGUGCAAGAACUCUUUAUUCUAAAGCUUUGUUUACCAAUGGUCUAAUGCCACUGUAUCUCUUUGAACCGUGGGUCUAUGAAUCAUUGGGCAUUUAUAUACUGUUGUGAGCUGGAUAAAAGCAUUUUAUGAAGAGUGUAUGUUUUUGUUUUCUCAGGGACUCUGUGUUCGAAAGUUGAGAGAAAUUUAUAUCCAUUGAGUGAAUGCCUGUGGAAGAAUGUUUUCCCUAGCUUCUUUUGUUUUGUUUUUUCCCAAGAUAGAAAUGUUUCUCUUUUUGUGGCAUGAUACUUACAAUCAACAAAUGUAAAAGAGUAGUGUUUCGCAAAGAGGAAAUUUUCAUACUUUUGGCAGUCGUGGACUAAAACAUUUCUUCCCCACCAAAAUCGCGAAUUAGUGGGAGUGAUUCGUUUCACUCAUCAGCAACCAUAUUUUCAUUGCAUGUCACUGGUGAGCAGAGAUUAUACAUCACUCAAGUUGCCUACAAGCUUUGUGCCUACUCUCUGCUAUGUGCUAUUAUUGAUAGUUCUGAGGGCCUUGUGGAUACUAGCACUGUACUACACCUUGGAUCUUUUAACUGUGCACAACUGACUAGAUAUGUCUACAUAUAUAUAUAAAACACGUUACUGUUAAUUUAAAAGAAAAUUGUUCGCGAGUCACUUUUACCCGCACCAGUGGCCUUGCUGUGAAAUUUAUUUGUCUAGGCCUUGAAAUUAUCUUCUUUUGAAUUUUGAAAAUCUUUUUUUCCGUGGACAUUCUCCUCCUCGCGAAAAAAUACUCUCUUACAGUAUUUGAAUGUACACGCUUAUGCAUUGCUCAUUACCGACCUUUCUUUAUAGUUUUAAAAAAAUGGAUUUAUUAUAUUAAGUCCUGUAUGUUCCCUCUGGGGAGAGGUUACAUAACUUGGUUAUAGCUCUCUUGGCUGCCAGAUCAUUCCAGUUUACAGUCUCCAUCCUUCAUUAACUGUUAGGUGAAGGGGAUGUAAUUAUUCUUUUCCUACACGCUCUUUGUUACACAUGUUGUCUUUGAAAUUGAUAGCAGUGUAAACUUCUUCCUCCUCUGACUUGAAUAUAUAUUAGUUUCAUAAAAGAAUAAAAUGAAUAAUUAAUUAUGCUUGAGAUGAGAUGACGCAUAUGUUCCCUAAACAACACGAACAGAUUUUUCUGUGUGAGCAUAAUGAUCACGGUGCUGUGUGUUUAAGAUAUUUUAAAUCUUAAAAUGUGGAAAUUUUCAAGAGUUUAGAGUCUGAACAUUAUGACUGUUGGAACCAUGUCUGUUCAUUUUUUGAAAAAACAUUUCAUUGAAAAGAGUGAAAGAGGUAUUUUUGUAAUGCCUAUUGAACCCGGUAUGUUGUUAUUUUUUCACUCGCUGGACGGGACUGACAUAUGAUAAACAAUGCACUGUAGUUUAACCCUUACAGUCCUGGGCUGUUUUUUGGCUUCACUUCCCUCUGGCCCAGGUAAUACUGGAGUCCACGACUCUUCACGCCCAGCCAAUACUGAUUGUAUCUGUAAUUUUUUCCAGACAUUAAAAAAUAGUUCUAUACUCCUUUUAAAAAAAGAGUUUUAGCAGUUAAUGCGUAGAAUAUUUUUCAAACACAAUUGAAUAGAUUACAGUAAAAUUAGGCAAUUGGAUUUGAGGUGGGUGGUGACCUGUGAGGGAAAUGUAUGCCACUUGGCCUGGGGAAAUGAGGACUCGUGGUGAAAUAACGCGACUGGGGCUGUAAGGGUUAACAGUUCAUUUUCUUGUUUUUGAUUUAUUCUCCCCAAAGAUUUCAAGAUGAUGUGAGUGAAAAUUUCCCUACAAAAUGUUUUCAGGUACUGACUACUUGUUUUCUCCACCCUCUUUGUUUCAUUUUCCAUUGUGUUCCGACUAGUAUUUUAUUUAGCUGAUAUUCUGUGAUAAUUUUAUUUUAUAUGCUUUAACGCACAAAUCCUGUAUUGAGAUAUAGCGUAGAGCACAUGUGUGUUAAAUGUAAAAACUUAUGUGCCAGUAGGAUUUACAUAACCACAAUGGUUUUAGUAGAUUUGUUUUAAAAUGUUCAUUUGGUUUUCUUUUUAUCUUUAUGAUCUCCAGGCCCAUCAUUACUCUGACGGGUAGGAGUUCAUAAUCGGAAAUAUUUUCUUUUCCAUAAAUAAGUUACUCAUACAGGUGGAAAAGAGAAAACUGUAGACCAAGAAAUCCACAGUGAAGACUACUUAGGAGUAUCAGUUUAAUUGUCUCACAAGUCAAAGUUUGGGAUCUUGCUUUGACAUUACAUUGCAUUGCAUAGAGUAGGGUGUCCUGCUUUGUUUUUUCCAGUUGUUAUAGUGCACCACUGUACAUUUGUAUCUUAGACAUUUGUCAUUUUUUUUAUUGUUCUUCAAAGGGAUGGAAUGUCUCACUUUGAGGAAAUCAGUGUGUUGAUAUCAUCAUAAUCAGACAAGGGAAAUAUCUGUACUACUUGUUGAAUGCUUUUCCUGUGUGGGAAAAUUUCAGAUUUGACUGUCAUGUGUUGUAGCAAGAUGGUCUGUGAGUUCGCAUUUUUUCUCAAAGAGAUUUUCAUUGCAUGUGAUGUUUCUCCAGCUGGAACCCGUGCUUGUGUAUUUAUUCAGUGAUUAUGAAAGCAAUACUCCUGAUCCUAAAUGGAUGGAUAAAAACUGCUUGUUUAAUUCAAUGCAUAUGUACCUAUUCAGGAGUGUUCAUGUCAUGCAAUUGAAUUUUUUAAAUUUUUUUUACUACUUUUGCACUACUAUAUUUUAAUUUCAAGAACUUACUCAUGGAAGAUUAUUUUAUCAUCUGAAAUGUCAGUAUCUUUGGACCAAAUCAGUUGCAGCUCAAAAUUAUAGACUGAACGUUUGUCAUUGAUUAUCUGGAAAAAUUCUCGUUCUUGGGAUUUGGGUCACUGUGAGCAGGUAGGGUAGUUGCUCUACAAACCAGCACUGGACAUGCUUUUUCAUUAAAAUUUUGGUCAUACACAGAUAAAUUGACAAGGAAAAUGUAAUCAGAAUUGUAGACAAGAGCACAUUUCCCGGAGGGUUGUUGGCCCAAAAAAAAGGUGUCAUACUUCAUUUGCAGGAAUCAGAAUGCAGCAUGUUGGAACAGAGUCGAAAACGUGCUGAUUGUAAUAAAAUAAAAUUGAUAUCGUCUUUGAGAAGAGCAUUUAGCUUACCGUUUUUUAAUAAAAAUCUUUACAGAGUUGUAAGAAUACCUCUUUAUACUAUAGCCAGUUUCACAGUAUAUAUUUGAGAUGAUACGAAAUACGUUGAAACUGUUUGAUCGAUAAUUUAAGCUUUAUAAAGAGUUAUUGUUUUUUUACAGCAAUCAGACAGACUUGCGCUUAGAAUUCAAGAACCAAAGUUAAAUAUUAAUAACUCAUGAAUACUCUUGGUUACCAAAUGUUGAGUGUCUGAAUUAGCAUUUCCACCUUAGAAUGAAGAUAUUGUAUUCUCCAAUGCCAAAAAGACUUGAAAAAUGCUGCCAAGUGGGCAGGAGACCUUUGUCAAUAUGUCCUAAGUCUCUGUAAAUGUUGUACUAUACUGGGACUAUAUAUAAUAUUGCCUAUUGGUGACACUGUCACCUGAUUUACACUUUCCUAAGAUCUGUGUUCAAAGGAUUCUGGUACAUACUUCAGAAAAAUGAAGUAAGAUCUAAUCAGAUAAACUUUGGACAAAAUAAAAAUGUUUAAAAGUU